AGUGAGAACAAAAAUAAUGAAUAUCACAAAAACCUAUGUGAUUUGUUUUCUUGUAGUGGUCUUGACAAAUUCAUUGUCGAGCAACUGUGAUGUUUUGGUUUCAUCGGUGAUCGAAACAGCAAAAAAUGAUGAUUCAUGCACUGUACCAUGUACAAAAAUGUACGGAGAUAAAGAAUGCCGAUAUGAUUGUAUUUUCAUGAAGUACAAGAAUGGAGUGUGUGUUGCUGGACGAUGUUGUUGCAAAACCUGAUUGCUCUAUGGUCUAUAUCAGCGAUUUGAGCGGUUAAAUCAUAUUCUAAUUUCUAGUAUAUCAGAUUUAUGUAUCCUCUUCAAUAAAAUAAAACUAACUAUAUUAUAUCAUUGCUUCUAUAUGAGUAUAUGAUUUAGUUAUUUGUCUC